AUUUAAACUGCUUAAAAUAAUUAUAAAUACGUAUGUAUGACUUUCUUAUUAAUGCUAAGGUCACAUUGAAUACAAUGAUUGUGUUUGGACCAGAUGCGUAAAAUAUUGCUACGCGCAACCCGGUUUCCAACUACUUCGUGCACACCACCUGAUUAAACUAACUACCGACUUCGUCGGCCACACGAUGUGUAAAAGUGUAAUGUGUAAAUAGAUCGGACAGUGAUGGUUGGGAUCGUCGCGAAAAUACUGUCCGACUAUGUGGUGCUAUGGGUGUGUAUGUGUGUAAUAUGUAAGUGUGUAGGCUUAAACUAAAGAAAAUGGGUAACUAUAAAAGCGCGUACACACGAGCGAACAAAAAUAACGAAUGCUCACGAACGUUUGUGUGCGACCCACCAUGCGACCGUGUAGACGACGUUCGUGAGCAUUCGCGAGCGUUCAGGAACGUUCGCUGAAUAGGUCGAAUAGAAUCGCACGACGAGCCGAUCACUGUCGGUUUUUAAGUUAUGUUCAAAGGAACACCGCGAGCAUUCGUGUCACCGUUUGGACGGUAUAUUAGUUAAUUCAAACAUGCGUUAUAAAAUAAUAAAUAAAUAAGUACUUAACUUACACUUUUUUAUUAUCUAUUUGAAAAUGGAUUGGGAUAGCAAAGAUUGCUUGAAUUUAAUUGAAGCAUUUAGAUUGCAAGAAGUGUUGUGGGACUCGAAAAAUCCAUCAUAUUUUUCAAAAAAUGCCAAACAUGAUGCUUGGUGUCAUUUGGCAAAAGAAAUGAAAAGACCGGUUGAGGAAAUUAAAAAAAAAAUAUUAAGCUUACAGGGAUCAUAUUGUAGAAAAAAAGCAAAAGUAAAAAAAAGUUAUGGAACUGGAAAAGGUAAAUAUUAA